GCAAAAUAUAAAAUCGCCACAGUGACGGGCCAAAAACCCUAAUAAAUCCGGAUCCAGCGAGUGCGAGACACCCAUCCUAAGAUUGCGGCGGCCGGGGGGCGCGGCGGGCCCGUGCACUCGGUAGCGGCUGCGGGGCGCGGCGUGCCCGUGGACACCGGAGCGGCGGCCCCGCACCGUGCACAAGAGCGGCGACUGAAGAGCGUACAAGGAGGCGGCGCGGUACCGGCGUGCAGCCCCUGCUCCGCGUCAAGGGUUUGGCGGAGGUGGCACUGCGAGCAAUCGAGGGAGAAACGAGAGGGGCCGACGCCUUCUUGCGUUUUUGCCACGGUGUGGAUUGCAGUAGCGACCAGGGUGGUGGCGACGACCAGGGCCCCUGCUCCUGGCUGCGCAACAGGAACAAGCGAUUGGCUGCCAAGGGGUGCAGUUGUUGCUCAUCGCCAUCUACCUUCUGUAAUCCCAUCUCCUACAAUCUUCGCGUUUACGAUCACUGUCACCUCCUUUCUUAGUCAGCACGGAGGCAGUUGUGGUUGUCUGAUACGAGGCGAUGGCUGCUGCACCCAAUGCCUUCUCGGCUCAUUUGGAGAAGUGGAUCGUUGAGCAGAUAAAAGAUUCCAUCUUUUUUGUGAAUGUCUUUCCCAACUUGAACUACAAAGAGGAUUUGGAAAAUCUUAUGGCUGCGGUGAAAACUGUUCCAGUGAAGAAAAGAGAAGAGGUGCUGAAACAGGGACAAUGUGGCACUGGCUCUGUUGUGGGAGUUACAGAAGAUGAAAUCACCAUCCUAUCAAGUGCCCAUCUCAUUGAGCAUGUCUUCACAGUUUCAAAGCCCAUUUCCGUUCGCGACGCCAAUACGUAUUUCUAUACAGAUGUACUUUGCGAUCACUAUGAGGCUAGUUUCAGUGAACCUGGGCAAAGGAGACAUAGUGAAAGGCAGUAUGGCGCAGCUACAAUUAUUGGCAUAGAUUGUGCACAGGACCUGCUCCUCAUCUCCGUCCCACGAGUGAAUAUCAGGAACUUGGCGAGGAAGUGCACUUCCAAUCAUCCUCCUCUUACCUUCAGUUCAGUCCCUCCAGUGCAACUUGAUGAGUGUGUUAUGCUCUCGUGGCCUCCAUUGCAGCACCGGACUGUGGUUAAGGGUAGUAUCUGUCACAUGAAAAGAGCACUCUAUGAUUUAGUGAAGGAGGAGAACAACCCUGUUGGGUAUGGGAUGAAUCUCAUGCAAGUAAAGAUCGCGAGUGAGAAAGGGAGCUCUGGUAUUGGAUGGCAGGGGAAAUGUUAUUGGGAUCCUACAUGGAGGCUUGGGAGGUCCAUUCUCUUACUUUGUCUUGCUCUGUCGCAUACUACCGUUCCUGAGAAAAUAUGGCAUAGAUCCGUGUGUGGGGUAGUAAUUUGUCCAUGCUCAUUCCUGUCCAGAGGACAUGCCACUCCCACUGCUAUUGGUGGUAAGUUAUCCACGUCUUCUUAUUGCAACCCAUCCUUCACGCUUACAUGUGGCUAGGUAUUCCUAUUGUAGCCGCCAAAAAAAGGGUAUUCCUAUCCUAUUCUAGUUGGCUGUUUCUUUAUGUUGUUAAUUGGUUGUGUUACAAAGCAAAGUCUAUAAAUCAAUAAGAAGGUUGUAAUUUUUUUGCAGCACAUCUUAUGGAUGUGAAUAGUACCUUGUGUUUGAGGGGAACUGUGUGAACACUUAGCUGCAGAUGUACUAGAACUGUAUGAACUUAGUUCUCUCGAUCAUCCAAUAUAGAGUAACGGUCUAUAGAAAAAAUUCCAUGUUCCCUUGAAGCUGAUAUGGCUGUGACAAUAAUUUUCUUACUAUACAGCUCACAGUGAACAUAAUAAACUGGUAUGUACAAAAUAAAGAGCGAUCGGUAUAUGAUUGCAAUACCUUCAGCACGGAAGCGUUGUUAUUGCCAGUUGUACACACAUCAUUUUGCAAAGCAGUGGUGAUAAUUUCUUUAGCGUAGAACUUUUUGAGUUUAAACCUUGCAUUUGAACUAUAUAAGGCAACAGAUUAUCCUAAAUAGCCUAUCAAGCCUGGUGAUUUUUUUUAAAAGGUGGAGAAAAGAUUCACCCUUAUUAGAAAAGAAAAGUUACUCUUGAUGAGGCAUUACAGCAAACCCGUUGUGGAUGGGUGUCACAAAGACAUGCAAUGCCCUGACCUAAAUGCUACAACCCUCAACCCAGGCUUAAUCAUCUUUUAAUGGAAAGAUAUCUAAUCCAAGUAACUGGUAUGCACAUAUUGUUAAGAAUGUAAUUAAUACUUAAUUAGCAAGUCAAUUCUAGAUUGUUCAAACUGAUAUUAGAGAUAAAGACGAGGAAGAGGGAGCGGUUUCCAUACCUUAUUUCCUUCUGCUAUCACGCCAUUGACAGCGUGUUCCGUCAGUCAGAGCAGAGAAUAGGGUGCGCUGUAGAGUGCAUGGAUCUGGGGGAUGGUGCAGAGGGGGCAGCGGAGGAAAGGGGCCAGAAGCUACAUCAGAUUAGCAGAACCCACCUAGCGAAACCCAAAGCGCCAAGUCUUUUCACACAGUAUUGAUCCACAUGUGACCUCUGGAUUUUCCCCGCAAAUAAUAAUU